AUGCUUGGCGCUACCUACGCUAUAGCCUUUGCGCUGCUUUUGAGGCUAUCAACGGCUCUCUCCCUUGUCGGACCAUCCUUCCGACUGUUAUCCGACCUAGCGGGCCCUGCAGCCAGCGAUCUUGCCGCACAACUCCCCAACAUCCCGGCCCAAGAUGUCUUUAUACAGAGAGACACUCUGGUGUUGACUCCACAAGACGGCAUCAAUUUCGCCUGCAAUACAUUCGGCGGCUACAGCAUACGUUUCCCGCAACCGCUGGUCCGUCCCGUUAACUUGGCCAAUUACAUGCUUCACGGCACAAUACUGGUAUCGAAUCUUUUCGUCCCGACUUGCCCAGUCUUCGCAAACACAACGAUACUAGGUUCGCGAGAGAACGUACCCGAAGACUGGCAGAACGGUAUUGCCGACUAUGCUGCCGACUAUCCAGAACUGCAAUACACAGCACUCAAACCUCUGUUCAUGAAGACUAUUAGCCCUGACGAAAUCGAGUUUGAGGCAUCUGUGAGGGACUACCACGAUAUCAUGGGCGCCGUGGUGGAAGCAGAGGACGAUCAGCUGGCUUGGCUUCAGGCUGGCGUGGAGCCAUGGCACGUUUACACCGGAACACUAGAGAAGCGUGUGUUCAUCACUGCUGCGUUCGUUGGAGGUUUAAUUCAUGUUAUUGCUGCUGGUGCCGGCGCGGCGGCCGGAGGAGCAGCAGUCUACGGCGUCGGUACUGCAGCAGGCGCAUGGUAG